GCAUGACAUUGAGAGGUCGGAUUCUCCCCCAGUCCGGGGCCCCAGAGCCAAACCUCCUGAUUGCCGGGUUUCUGGUGCCAGCAAUGGCGCUUUUUCGAGGAGCUCUUCAAAGAUCUGCCCUGAGGAGUCUGCCUGAAUCCAUAUUUUUGCAACUGUCCCCUUCUGGUUCCAUCUCCAGCUGGCCGGACCUGAAUGGGCAAAACACAGAGCAAGCAAUCGCCGACAGCGGUUUUUUCCAAAAUGAAGCCAGAAACUCCACUGCGCCCAAUGAUUCUUGCAGUGCAAGUUCACAGUCCCUGGAGUGGUCCGAACGGCAGCAAAUGCAGAAAGUAUCCGAGCAGGAGUGCUCUGCACUGGCACAGCAUUGGGUUGCGUCGAUGGAGACUGUAGCGAAAAGCUGCCACACAAUAGAAGUUUAUCGGCAAUCUUUCAUCGUUUCCAGCAAACAAGCAUCAUCAUCAAGGGAAUGUCCUCUGGGAGACAAAGCCCUUGGAGCUUGGCGGUACCCUGGAGAUCCUGAAGGAAUGAUGGCUUUGAGGCUUGGGUCUCCUUUCACUUCCGAUGGCCGUGGUGGUCGAGCACGUUCAUAUCAGACAAUCAGCGCUUCUCCUUUUCUUCCUUUUGGCAGUGACAGCCGGCGCUUCCACAGCACCCCCCAGCAAUCUAGUUGGUUCUGGCCAUCCAAGGGGGGCGAGAGGCUCCCACCUUCAUCUUCAGACGCACCCUUGCUACAAGACUCUGACCAAACACAUUCAGAAGGCACGUUUUUAGAUGCUGAGAGGAACGUUGCAGAGCAGUUGUCUGACACUACCCAGGGAAGUCUGAAGGCGUUGAACCAGGAAGCACUGGAAAGCGCUCCAACGGCGGCUGGGUGGGGGGUUUGGAAGGCCUUAGCACCUGUCUCAGGGGCGAUAGUGGUGGCGCUCGAUGGGGUGCACUCUGUGACAGGCCUGCCCUGGUGGUCAACAAUCAUUGUUUCAACACUUCUGAUGCGGUCUGUUCUUUUGCCUCUAGUCGCGGUCCAGAUUCGGAAGACUGCGCAAAUCGGCUCGCUAUUUUCACAAGUGCUCAAGCUAGGCGGUCCUGAGACGCCCUUUCUGACACAAGUCCAGAGGUUUGCUGCUGCCAGGCAAGCCACGAAGUGCCCCAACCCCGCCUGGUUCCUAGCAGUGCCAGCUGUCCAGAUUCCCAUCUUCGUUUCAUCCAUGCUUGCACUGCGACAGAUGACGGCAGAAGGCCAUCCAGGCUUUGACACCGGGGGGAUGCUGUGGUUCACCGACCUGACGCUCCCUGCCGGUCUCGGGCUGGAAGCGGCGAUCUUUCCUGUUGCAAUCGUCAGCCUCUAUCUUAGUAACGUCCAGCUCGCAUUUGGAGGUAUUGGCCCGAGAAGCCGGUUUCUGAAGGUUUACAAGUUCGCCUUGCAAGCACUCGCCGUGCCCGCUUUCGUGGGAAGCUUUUACUUGCCGCAGGGCUUGCUCCUUUACUGGGUCACCAACAACUGCUGCUCCCUCGGGCAGAAUCUGGCAGUUAGAAGCACUGCGGUCCGAGCAGCGCUCGGGCUUCCGCCUCUUCCCGACCGGAAGCCCUCGGGAACGGAACCGGAAGCCGUUCCGGUCACGGACGAGAUGAUUGCGAAGAUGGACGUCAACGAGCUUGUGCAGAUUGCUGCCACGUGUCAGGCGCAGAGACGACCGGAGGAGGCCAUCAAGUUUCUUAAAAAAGCCCUGGCGCGGAGCCCCGAGGAGGCCAGCAUCUUUUACGCGCUCGGCAAGACGCACGUGGGGCUGAGGAAGUGGGAGGAGGCGGCGGAGUAUCACGGCCAAGCAGCGGGCUAUGCACAGGACGACGAGCUCCGGGGGAAGGCGCUUUACGGGCUGGGCAUCGCAGCGUUCAAUCAGGGCAAAGUGCCGGAAGCUGUUGCAGCUCUUCGAGAGGCCGCUGCGCUGCGGCCUGACGAUCUCGAGGGGCAGCUUUCCCUGGCCAGUGUGCUCAGCCGGAAUGGCGACAAAGCGGCGGCUCUCGAGGUUGUUCGAAAGGCUGCACGCCUGGAGCCAAAAUUGCAAAAGUACAUUGAGGAGUUGGAAGAGGAGUUGCGGACGCAAGCUGACGCAGCAAAUGCGGCGGAGGGGAGGAGAUGACGUCCGACCCGCUCUUUUUUUGGUCGUCAGACGGUAACGACUUUCUCGGAAUCAUUCAAAUUAAGGCAGCGGGAACUCGGUGACCUGGAUUUCUAUCCGGGGCUAUGCAUUGGUCUGUCUCCGCCGCGCGCCCAAUCAAUGGGAGUCCAUGAAGAAAAGUAGACCUUGAUUGUCAGCAUGCACAUGCAUGUACGGAUAUUGUCCCGCCAUCAUGACUGGCAAC